GAGGACCGAUGGCGCUGCGAUCAGUUCGUUUUGUUGUCAUCAGCCACAUUUAUGCUAAGUUGUUUUUACCAGAUUUUUAGUGGAACAUUUUAGUUUUUAUUCUUCCAUUUAGCUUCGAUUUUAUGAUCAAAGAUGCCAAGGAUGGUACGGACCGUUUUCUCGAAACUUUCUAACGAAUAAAUCGAGUGAAAGUUACCGUUGUGUCCUACACUCGACAUUGAGGUAGUGACAUUUAUUAAAUGGUGAUCACCAGUGUCAUGGAGAGGAGAAUCAAAUUGAAGACAUUAAACAGUCAUAUAACAUGCAAGAUAUGCAGAGGAUAUUUGAUAGACGCCACUACUGUGACAGAAUGUUUACACACUUUUUGCAAGAGUUGUUUAGUAAAACAUUUAGAAGAAAAACACACCUGUCCGACAUGUCAGAUAGUUAUACAUCAGUCGCAUCCGCUUCAAUAUAUAAGUUUCGACAGAACUAUGCAAGAUAUUGUCUACAAAUUAGUUCCUGAUCUUCAAGAAAAUGAAAUUAAAAGAGAAAGAGAAUUUUAUAGAGCAAGAGGUUUACCUUGCCCCAAAGAUAUCCUACCUAAUGCUGGAGAAGUUGAGGAAGAAAAAGCAACUGCGGAUGCACACGCCGAAUCAGACUACCAUCGUGCCGAUGAACAGGUUAAUGUAUGCUUGGAGUGUAUGAACACAAGUCUGAAGACUUUGAAACGAAGAUUUAUUAGGUGCUCUGCCCAAGCAACUAUCACGCAUUUGAAAAAAUUCAUUGCAAAGAAGGUAUUGAACGGAAUGGAAAAAUAUCGAGAUAUUGAUAUUUUAUGCAAUGACGAACUAUUAGGUAAGGACCACACGUUAAAGUUUGUUUAUGUAACAAGAUGGAGGUUCCGGGACCCACCCUUAAGGCUACAAUAUAGACCACGAAUAGACAUUUAAGACUAAUAUUUCUGUGUUCAGUAUCCGAUGGAAAUCACAACAAAUCUGUGACUUUGUUUAUAUGUUUCCAAGUUCUAUCCGUGUAUUGUCCGUUGUAGUACUUAUUUCUCUAUUCCCGCACAGGAAGAAUUCAAGAUUGAAUUUCGCAGGCGGAAAUGGUUUUUCGUGACAAAAGAAAAAUGACUUUAGACUUAUAUCUUUCUACUGUAUUAACUUAACCAGAAUAGUCGUUAGCAACAUGUUUUUAAAAGUAGCAAUUCCAUUCUCCUAUAUUCGAUUAUCUUUUAACUUACUUUUUAAUUACACUGAGUUACAUUAACUCAGUUCUUUAAGUUUUAUUUCGUUAGCUUUCCUUAACGUACAUUCAUAAGUAGGCCAAGAAAACAAUGCGACACUGUACACGAGAGGAAAAAAAGCUUUGUUUCUGUCUACAAAAUCGCAGAACUGUAUAUCUAUUUAAUUGAAAUGUUACGUAUCCUUCUAUCAUUCUUUUAUAAAAAGUUGGACCUUCUUUGUUCUGAGAUGGGAAAGUGGUGGACAGUGUCUACCGCGAAUGAAGAUUUGUUACUUUUUCCGUACAUGACAACGGAACAAUUCUUCAUAAUCUUAAGACGUGACUUUCUUUUUAUACAUACCCUAAUUGUAUAUAGAAUAUUUUUUGACAGAAUUCUGAUAAUAUUGCGCGUAGACGCAGCUUUGUAUUAGAGAAAAGAAGGAAAGAAAAGAAGCCGGCACCAAACGGGAUUGUUUGGUGCCCUUUUAACUUUGUAUGUUUAUGCGCUGUACACAUUCUAACUCAGCCCCGAGUUUCUCUCAAUGCCGAACAAUAACAGAAUUUUAUCAGAUGUGACAUAUUUUCUCGAGUGAUUUGAUAAGGACAACGACGCGUUAAGCGAAACACGGGGCAUCUUAUCGCUUGUAGUAAAUGAAAUUUAAACAAACAGUGUAAAGCAAAAAAAAAAGAACCGUGUGAUUGUAUAUAAAUAUUCUAGGGAAAUGAAAUGAAAUGAAAUCGACUUUAUAAAGUAGCGGCAUUUUAUGAAUGCUAGGGCUUGUAUGUUGUACACUAUGUGUGUAUCUUCAUAAAUUAUUAAAUAAAUAUGUUUUGUACAGUA